UUCAGACAGAAAGAGAAGAGCUCAAUGCUGUGAAUGACAGGACCAACAAAAUGAAAGAAGAGGUUGACGCUGCCAUGAUGGACCUUCUUCGUGAAAAGGAAGAAGUCAAUCAAAUGAGGGUAGCCGUAGAAAAUGAGAGAGAAAGGAGUCAAACGGAAAAGGAUAGAAUUGAAAGUAAAAAAUCUGAGUUGAAAGUAAGAGAACAACAACUCCUGGACCGAAUGUAUUCAUUAGAAAACAGUGAAUCCAAAAUUCAGGACCUCAGAAAGACCAUCUCUGGGGACUUCAAACAAAAGAUGGCCAUAUUAAAAAACAAAAUGGAGCAAACAAUUCAAUUAGGCUCUGACUUGGAGGAAACGGUCAAAUCCAUUGAAGAACUGAAGCAAAACAUGACUCUUUACAGUGAGGACUUCCAAAUUCAAAAGGAAGCCCUAAAGAAUGCUAUGUCAGAUGUGAUCAAACAGAGGGAUGGAGUGGAAACAGAAAAGACAAAUAUGUUUGACAUGGAGAGAAGAGAUCUUGAUAAACUCAGAGAAGAACUGACCCAAGAGAGACAAGAUCUGGACAGAGCAAUCAACGCAAUGAAGGAAGAAAAAUUGUACUUGGAACACAUGAAGUCUGAAAGCAAGAAACUUGGGGAAGUCAUGAAGCUAGCCGAGAAUGAUUUGACGACGGAAAAGGACAAGAUGGAUAAUGCAAACAUUGAGCUUCAGCGGAAGACUGAAGCUGCCAACACUUUGAUGGAGGACAUGCAAAGAGAGAGAUUAGAACUUCAGCAACUCAAGGUACAUGUUGACUCCCAAAGAAAAAGACUUGACGUUGUCUUGGACUCAGUCGUCACACAACAAUCCGAAAGAGCCAGCAAGGAAGAAGAAAUCCAAAGACAAGCAGAAGAACUUGAAAUCAGACUGAAACAGGUUCAGACAGAAAGAGAAGAGCUCAAUGCUGUGAAUGACAGGACCAACAAAAUGAAAGAAGAGGUUGACGCUGCCAUGAUGGACCUUCUUCGUGAAAAGGAAGAAGUCAAUCAAAUGAGGGUAGCCAUAGAAAAUGAGAGAGAAAGGACUCAAACUGAAAAGGAUAGAAUUGAAAGUAAAAAUCUGAGUUGAAAGUAAGAGAACAACAACUCCUGGACCGAAUGAAUUCAUUAGAAAACAGUGAAUCCAAAAUUCAGGACCUCAGAAAGACCAUCUCUGGGGACUUCAAACAAAAGAUGGCCAUAUUAAAAAACAAAAUGGAGCAAACAAUUCAAUUAGGCUCUGACUUGGACGAAACGGUCAAAUCCAUUGAAGAACUGAAACGAAACAUGUCUCUUUACAGAGAGGACUUCCAAAUUCAAAAGGAAGCCCUAAAGAAUGCUAUGUCAGAUGUGAUCAAACAGAGGGAUGGAGUGGAAA